AUGAAGACUACUACUAUGUUGGCUACGCUCGUGGCCCUCGCUGCGACCGUCUCAGCAAGCCCGUUGAAGCGUGCCGUCCUUUUCACCGGCAAGGCGUACGAAAUCACGAAUUUGAAGCUCGAAGACGUCUCACGAGGCAACGUUUCGAUCAACUUCAACGUCCACGACCCGGACCCGCUCACGGACGCCACCGGAACCUGCAGCGGCUCAUGGCCGCACGGCUCGGAGCCUCGUGAUACCUUUCAUCAGCGAUCAGUCUCACUGACCACUUUACACCAGGUCGCCUGUGACCAGGGCUUCACAUGGAAUUUCGAGUCCUACACCAACUUCCAGAACUUCACGUUGCGCGCGACACAUUCCUUCCGUGAUCCAUCAGUGGGAGAGCCGCCAUAUGACAGUGUGAGAACAUAUGCCCAUGCCCAUGUCGACACUGGUGUCAUUUCAUGUGACAUCUUCGGCGGUGAUAUCAACUGCAGACAGAACGAAGGCACGGUGAUCAAGGCGCCCAUAUACGCUGCGGUAGCCUAA